GAUAUACGAAAGUAAAAUUCACAAAAAAUGGCGGAAUCAAACAAUGAUGCUUCGGAAUUCAGAAAUCGAACAUAUAACACUGGAAAAGAGGACUACGACAGAUUAUUGUCAGUAUUCCAUACUGGAACAAAUGUUAAGCGAUGUUUACUUACACAAUUUCUCCGUGAAAACAGAUUAAUAUUGCUCCAGUGGUUAACAGAUUUAGAUCAAACUUUUCUGAGGUUUGACGACGUUAAACGUGCCAUCAAAAGAUCGUCAAUAAUUCAGUUGAAAGAUUUGGAACCGAGUACUAUAGACAUUCUUCUGAAGUUUCACUGUUUUAAUAUGUUCUGGGAUAUAUGUCUGUUUAAUACUAGACUAGAAGAAGUUUUGAAUAUUCAUAAGGAUGAGUUGUUAACAAUUUAUCAAAACUCAAUGACACAAGAUAGCACCGCUUCUUUGUCGACAGAGCAAUAUGCACCAAGCUUAAGCAAAAACCAAUGGGAAUUACUAUUCAAAUCAGUCGAGAGUUGCGGAAUUAAGGGAGAAGGAAUGUAUCAUGAAUUUUUGGCGACUAAAAAUAUCUCACUAUCCAGUUUAGAUGAAACGCUAAAUGUGUUGCUGCUAUACACAGUUUGCCCUUUGUUUCAAUCAGUGAUUACUGUUUGUGAAUGUCAGAUUCAGAUAACAAAACUCGCAGUCCUAAAUUCUGAAUGUGAAAAAACUACGUUUGAGCAUCUUUGGAAUACAAUUGAGUCACAUAUAAUUAUAAUAGCUGAUCAUUGCAUGAUAUUUGAUGACUUAAAACAUGAAUGUGAAACAAUAAAGCACACUGUUUUUAACAGAACCCUUUCUCAAGAGAACAGGAAACCCAUUUUGGAGGACGCUUUUAAUAAUCCCGAUUUCAUAAGGAAUAGACAUUUCAUUAAUCGAGUACGAAAGGAACUAGACCGUAUUACAAUCGACGACAACUUGAAUCAAGCGAGAAAACUAUGUGGUCAGGAAAUACCGAUUUUACUUGUGGGUGGGAAAUAUACAAAAGGUACAUACACACUCAGUGUAGUUGAAAAAGCAGAUGAAGACCUGGAAAUUCUGAAAUCUGUUUGCAGUAAUGAGGUAAUAGAGGCUAGCCAAAACGAGACAGAAGAUGACAUGCAAACAGAUGAUAUUCAAGAAAAAAUCAACAAACACAGUCAUUUGAAAGUAGUACAGCUUAUUACAAACAUUGCCAAAGAUGUUCUGGUUGAUGUUCUGAAAGGUAGACUAGCAAGUGCUAAUUUCGGAUAUGCUUUAAAUGGAAUGAAAAGCAGAAUACUUCCACAGUUGAAUAAUCAUGGACGCCAUUUGCUAUACCCAGAUGUGUCGUCUUACAGUGGUGACUUAUCCAAUCUUGAUAUAAGUUUGCUUUAUAUCAUUUUAAGGAAUUUGAAUACAAUCACACCCCAUUCAAAUGGUUGGGGAAACAUGCCAAAAGAUGACGAUAGAACUUUGUCUGCAAACAUUGAUAGAAUUCGGUUUUACAAAAAUAAGUAUGUUUCUCAUUGCUCAAAUCAGUCGCUUGACGAACUGGACUUUCUAAAAAUCUGGAAAGAAAUCCGCCAAUGUAUCAUAGAAUUGGGAGCAGCCGAAUACAAAAGUAAAAUCGAUUUUUUGUUCACAUCUGAAAUAAAUCCUGUGAUGGAACAAGAACUAUUGAAUACUCUCAGAAGACUGAAGAAAGCAGAAGAACAGUAUGAAUCGAACUAUUUCAAAAUUAAAGAGGAUUUGAAUGAAAUUAAAGAGCAUCUGUGUAUGACCAAUAUGAAACCUGCGGACACUAAAGCAGCUUUUAAUGCUUCACUAGGCAGCGUACCUGUGGAGUUUAAGAUAGAAGGAAGCAAUAUUCCGUUAGUUGAGGAAAUUAAAAAGCACACUAAUGAUUUGUCAAGUGACGGCAUACGAAUAGCGUCCGUAAAGGAGGGAUCUAUCAUUAUUGGUUUGAAGGUAUCGUCAUCAGCUCUUCACACUGUCGGAAAGUUUAUCGGAAAGAUUGAUACAUUAUUGUCAAAACUACUGCAAAUGUAUCAACAUUAUGGAAAUGGACACACAUCACGUAUAGUCGCAUCUCUUAACUUUAUGGAUGAACAAAAUGUGCCAAUUGGAUUUCCUAACCUUGAGCUAGUGGCAACUAUGCAACCACAUAUACAGACAGCACAGGAAUUUCUGGAACUCCAGACUAAAAAUGAUGAACAAUUUCAAAGAAUGUUGCAGGAGAAGCAGAAAAUGGCAUAUUCAAAGGAAUUUCUGGAACUCCAGACUAAAAAUGAUGAACAAUUUCAAAGAAUGUUGCAGGAGAAGCAGAAAAUGGCAUAUUCAAAGAAAUUAGAAGAUUUUGAUAGACUUAAAUUGGAAAUGGAGAAGACUUCCAAAGACCCGGUGAAAACAGACCAAGCUAAAACAGGGCCAGCGAAAACAAAGCCAACUAAAACUGAGCCAGCGAAAAGAGCAAAUGAAAAGGCAUCCUGCAAAGUUCUAUGA